GCUAUCUGCGGAAAACAUCUUGCAGACCGUUUUAAACGAGGCCUGGGAGCCUCAAUAAGGGAUCUCGGACGAUUAACAGGCAAAUAAACCUGUCCGGAGGAUCGAUCUAGCGAUCUAGAUGUUUUUUCGAAUCCUCCUCAAAUUUGUCCAUCGGUCGACGAUGCGAUUUCAUCGGCGCGUUUUUGACAGAUCGAGGGACGAUCGCUCAGAGACGUUCAUCCGAAUUAUCUUCGUGGCAAUUAUGUUUAGAUAAUAAAAACAACGCGAGCGAUUAUCAGCCACUCUUAAUGAACUAUAAUAAGUAUGUCGCAAAUGUGUAUAUUUAGACAUUAGUUGUCACGAUCCGAAUUACCUGCAUCCGCAUCGCGGAAGCGACAACUGACGCGUUUCUUCUGACUAAGUUUGAAAUAUUAUUCUUACGCUUUUUGUUUUUUUGAAAACCGGAAGCAAUGAUGAAACAACGCUUCUGUUGUACAGUGGGGACCGUGAUGAUAUGUUUCAUAGUAAUCGCGGAUCUUCACUCGAUCAUAGCUUCUUCUUGGUCAACUUGGACACGCUGCAUUUUCGUGUUUUCUGCUGUCGAAGCGUAGUCGUCUCUGGAUUUCUUUCGAGAACUGUCUUUAGCUUCGAGAUCCUUUCCAGUUGGAUCACUGUGUUACCGUGACAGCGAGAUACUCGCUCCGAGCAAGAACCUUCGCGAUCGUCCUCCGUGGAAAAUAUAACAUGUUCUUGUUAGUUGCUCGCGGUUGGGGGUCACCGCGAGCUAAAUAAGAGCUAGCGAGAUGAUCGGCCAUGGCCACUCGUUCCUUUCAUCGCUUUUUUAAUGAGGGAUUGCCUCUAAGCUUGUCGAACUAAACUUUAAUCCAAUAGAACCACUGACGAUCAAUUCAGUCGUCUUUCCAUACCAAAAUGGUAUCAGUAGAUCGACCGUGGCCACUCGUUCCUUUCUUCGUCCUUCUAACGAGGAAACUACGGAAUAACCAUUACGGUAACCAUUACGCGUCAUCCAAAAUGGUGGCAACUGUUGAUACCAGAAAGGCCGUAUUGUUAACGCGAUAAUUCUAAUAAUUGGAAAAUAUCGAUUGCAGUGACCUGGAAACAGAUAAAAGCAAUUUAUAGAGGGAGCACUCUGUAACAGCGCAUCGUGACUUUUUUUUAAUUUUUUUAAAUGUCUUCACCGUUUCCUAUACUACUAAUUUUUGUCACAAAUGCAUAAAAUUCGCAACCUAAUCCUGACGAUAAUUCGUUGAUCAAGGCCCAAUCUGAGUCCAAAUUUGACCGCGCUUUGCUACAUUUCUUACAUGAAGUAGAAGACUCAAUUCACUCUAUGCAAAUACCGCUGUCAUGGUUAAGCAAAUAUGAAUGAAAAAUCGUUCAAUAAUUAUUCAAGCAGCUGAUAAGAUAAGGCGCCAGUAAACCGCAACAAGUUCAUCGAGUCAGUCGGGCUCGAGGACAGACUUGAACCGGUUGCACGAGAAAUGUACCGAAGAACGAUUCCUCGUAAAGCCCGAUGGAUCGUUGAUCCUCUGAGAAGAUUGUGGAAGAUAUUCGCAGGCCUAGCCGCCCAUUCCGGGCAAAUAUCGGUAGGGCUAGGUCAAGGGUUCAGUGCGAUUCUGCUCCCACAGCUUCAGAAAUCCAACUUCGCAGACACCUCACAGCAGUCCUGGAUUGCGUCCUUAGGAGUCGUCUCGAACCCUAUAGGGUCCUUGAUGGCCGGACUGUGCGCAGAAUGGUUCGGAAGAAGAUCGGCGAUCGCUUUAGCUAGUUUGCCGCAUGCUGCAGGCUGGCUGCUUAUAGCGCUAUCAACGAACGUGCCUAUGCUGUACGUUGGCAGAUUCAUCAGCGGGAUCGGUAUGGGCAUGGCGAACGGCCUCUACCUUUAUGUCAGCGAGACAUCGGCGCCAAACCAGAGAGCUUGGCUGGGAAGCUGUGGCCCGGUGCUGGUCUCGCUAGGUGUCCUGAUAAUCUACACCCUAGGAGCGAUCACCACGUGGGAGAAAGCAGCUGCGAUCAGCAUUGGACCAGCCAUCCUUUCGUUGGCACUGACUCGCAUGAUUCCGGAAACGCCAGGGUGGCUAGUGGCUAGGGGACGAAACGACGAAGCUAAGGAGUCCUUAUUAUGGCUUCGAGGAGCCGGCUCGACUACUGAUAAAGAGUACGAAGAACUCUGCGAGACGAACUUGAAGAGAGAGGAGAAGAAGGAGAGUUUGCUGAAAGCUCUUCACAUGCCCAGCGUUUGGAAACCGUUCCUAAUCCUGCUGGUGUUCUUCGCGCUCCAGCAGAUGUCCGGGAUCUACAUAAUCCUGUUCUAUGCCGUGAACGUUCUGAAAGACAUCGAUAUUAACAUCAAUGUGGACGAGGACACCGCCAGCGUCGGGAUCGGCGUCAUCAGAUUGUUCGCCUCAAUCGCUGGCGCUGGUUUGGCCAACAGCUUCGGUAGAAAAGUGCUGGCCUUCAUCAGCGGCUUAGGAAUGGCGGUCUCUGCCGUAGGCGUCGCUCUAACCUUCAGGUUCAAGCUGCCGUCGAUCAUAUCCUUGGUGUGCGUCGGUGGUCAUGUGGGCUCCUCGAUGCUAGGAUUCCUCACGUUACCCUGGGUGAUGACCUCGGAACUGUACCCUUUAAGGUUCAGAGGACCUUUGGGAGGCAUCACGACUAGCUUGGCCCAGCUGCUGACGUUCGGCACAAUUAAACUGUAUCCAGACCUGCGGCGAGCCGGCAUUGAGGUCGUCAUGUGGACUUUCGCUGCCGCCAGCAUCCUUGGAACCAUGUUCGCGGUGCUGAUUCUUCCGGAGACCAGGGGACGAAGCUUGGAUCAGAUAGAGAGCCAAUUCUCCAACAAAUCUGAGUGGAACAGCGCCGACCAGGCCUUGCCAAUAGUGUCCACGGAGUCGAGGAAGACUCUAGAGAAGAUUGCAUCCUCGGCUGAAGAGAAACGCUCUAGCAUCGUGACCAACGCGUACGCUUAUGACAAUUUAUGCUUGGACCUGUCUCCUAACGACACUGGAAAGAGUAAGAAUGAGUCGAAGAAGGAUUCGGAUGCCAAGAGCGACGUUGUACACAUUUCAUUGCAGCAUGUUUAUAUUUGAUGAGGGAGGAGAUUGAUUUCUGUGAGUCGAAACCAAAGCUAAAGAGUCGUAGCUACGAAUGUAAGUAUUUCUCAGGCUGGGCCACGAGGAGAAUUAUUUUAAAGUGAUGAUGCGGAUCGGCCGAAUUUUUGUAUAGUUCAACUGAAUCUUGGGACACAUUUGUAUUCCUCGUGGUCCCCUUACGUCUGUGAUAUUUUGGUACCGAUAUUGGGUAAUCUGUAAGAGACCUCGAUCAUCGAUACCACGAACAUUCCUAUGCCUCUUCUAAAUGUGUUCUUCAUAAGCCAUCAGACAAAUUGUGAUGGAUCACAGGAUCCUUAAAGUACUCUGAGGACGAUUGAGUGCAGCUCGGUGCGACUUGAUGAACAGUGUGACUGUAAUCGCAUUGGUGAGCAUACGAUGCCAAGGAUAUUGGAUGCAUUCUUGUACAAAGGAUUGCACAAACUUGAAGUGACCUGUAAGACAUAUUUUUUUUUUAAACUUGCGAGCCCAUUUAUACAGUUACCUUGUGUAUAUACAGACGUAUUUAUAUUCGUAAGGACCUUUAUGUAUUAACAUGUUUCUUGUUGUUACCAUGUACGUUGGUGGUGUUUUUAAUAGCUGUACAGCAAAUUCUACGCAAUGUUGUUUGAUAUUGUACAAUAUUAAAGAUACUAUUUUUACAAAAAAUGCAGCAAAGUAUUUUGAUUUCGGUUGUUUGAUGACGCUCGGUGAUCAAGCAAUUUUCUUUUAGCAAGCAUUACUAAUCGCCACGUUCUUUAUUAAAACAUAAACAUGCUACCCCAAUUAUCAAUAAAUAUCGAUCUCAGAAUAUUUAUACUAACCAGUCCAAAGGAACUAUUGCAGAAUGACAAUUAAUUAUUAACAGAUAAACGAAUUAAUAAUUAACCAGGGAACAAGUAAAAAUUGUAUACAAAAUCUCGUUCCCGCUGAAAUAUUUGAAUUUUUUGUUUAGCAAAUUCUGCCAUUCUGCGACAGAUGGCGUUCCGAUCCACACAAUUUGUUAUUUAGUUAAAUAUUUGUUUAUCAGCAAGUUUAGCAAGAUGUUUCGCAUAGAAACGUUGCUGAAAUGAUCGCUAAACAGUUCCACGUAUGCAAAAUAUAUUUCACAUUGAAUAUAAUAGCAUAGGUAACAACAGUGUACACACUCUGACUGGACCUCUUGUACCUCCAUGUGCUCCUAAUGCAAUGGAAUAAAUCCGCGAACAACGCCGUCGCUCCAACCUCUA